CUUGCAUACCCAGCAGAGGUUCGCAAGGUCGAGGAUUGUUGUUUUGUUGUCGUCGUUGUUCUUGUUACAAGCCCGUGCGAACCACAGAGUCUCACAGCCCAGACCGCCGUCCAUCAUGGAGUUCACUCCCGAGAUGCUGGCGAUGCCAUCGCAGCUUCCGGGAAAGCCCUACAACGACUUGCAGAUCGGAACGUUCAUCGGUUUUGGCGUCACAUACUUUGUCGCUACCCUGUUCUUGGGUUUUCGAUACCUGCAGGCCGCGAAGAUCACGAAAAAUAUUGAGUUGGAUCUAGUUGUCCUCACGAUAUCAUGGGUCUUGGCACUGGUAUACUUUAUCACCAUGUACCAAUUAAUGGCAUUCGGCUGGGCCCGCCACACCUCCGAGCUAAUGCCCAUCGACUUCGUCAACUUCAACAAAGGCCUGCUUCCCAACACCCUGACCUACCUGAUCACUCCCGCCGUCACCAAAAUGGCCAUGUGCGCCGUCCUCUACCGCAUCUCCCCCUCGCGCGCCUACCGCAUCAUCGUCAUCGGCAUCGCCCUCGCCAUCUUCGCCUACACCCUCACUCUCACCUCCAUCACCGGCGGGCCCUGCAACCCUCUCAAGACGGGCACGACCAAAUGCCUCGAAAACGUCGCCCUCUCCCAAGCCGUCCUCAACAUCGCCUCCGACCUCGCCGUCAUCACCGUUCCCAUCCCCACCAUCCACAAGAUCCAGACCUCGCUCAAGCAAAAGUGCUUCGUCGGCGCCCUGCUCUGUUUGGGAUCAGGAGUCGUAGUCUGCUCCAUCGUCCGCCUCCCACAAGUCCUCGCCCUCGACACCUCUGACCCCACAGUCGACAUCACCUAUCAAGAAGGCGUGUUGGGGGUAUGGUCGAUUAUCGAAGUCAACCUGGGUAUCGUGUGCGGAUGCGGCAUGCGUCUGAAGCAGCUCAUUCAAAGGUAUUGGCCUAGAUUGGGCAUGGGCAGCUGGGGAAGCUCGGCGAAGAGGAGUCAGGGUGGUACGCAUGGGACGAGCGGGAUGAGGACGGGCGAGUUUGGUAAUGGGAGUCGUACGGCGGGUGGUCAUGUGCAUGGGACGAAGCAGGAUGGGAAGUAUCAGUUGCAUUCGAUCCAGAAGGGGAAUAAGGAUGAGACGUUUGUGAAUGUGGAGGGUGGGGAUGAGGGGAGUACGGAUAGCAUUUUGAGGUGAGGGGUGAACGCUGAUGAAGGGUUGAUGAUUUGAUUGUUUUGAAGAUUGAAGGACUUGAGGAUUUGAAUGGGAAGGGAUUGAAAGGAUUGAUAGCAUGAAGGAUAUGGUUUUUCUUCUUUUUUUUCUUUGGAAUACGGCGCGCAUGACUGACUGGUAUCAUGCCACUUGGAAAGGUUGAAGAGCAGAAGGGGAAACAGCACCUCACCUCGCCUUCCCUCAUUAACACACAAAACACCAAAUCCAAACGCCCACCAUCACCAAUCCCAAGGUAAAAAGGGUACAUAUUAGGGAUCGGAUUUUCUCUUCUUAUUUUCUUUUCGUACACUCAUUCCAUGUAACAUUAUAGACCAUAGUCAUGCACACACAGCACAAAAGCAGAGCG